ACCCGGAAGUAUUGUCGCAGUUCCGGAAAGCAGGACAAACAGGUUCCGGUGGUUUUUAACCUGUUUUAGCCUUUUAGUGUAAAAUGGGGGAGGCAGACGUGACACUGAAUCAGACAGACGAGAAGCCCCCAGACCCAGGGUUGGCUCCCGGAGAGGACUCGGUUGUGUGGAGCCAUGAGGUGGAGGUUUGUCUGUUUCACGCGAUGAUCGGACACAAACCCGUCGGUGUGAACCGUCACUUCCAUAUGAUCUGUAUCAGAGAUAAGUUCAGUCAGAACAUCGGCCGGCAGGUGUCUGCCUCUGUCAUCUGGGAUCAUCUGGGAACCAUGUACGACAUGCAGGCUCUGCACGAGUCGGAGAUCUUGCCGUUUCCUAACACAGAGAAAAGCUUCUCUCUGCCUGAGGACAUCAUCCAGGAGGUGAAAGAAGGGAAGCUGGUUUCAGAGGAGGAGACCAAAGAGGAGUUCAAGAUGGAGAGGGAACCUCCAGCUACACAAGAAGAAGGUUUUGUGUUUCCUUUCUCUUCAGGCAGUAACUCAUCAGUGAAGAUGUCAGAGCGAACAGGCAGCAAUCGGGACAAGGAGAGAGAGCGAGACAAGGAGAAGGGGGGAAGUGAAGGAGGAGGGAAGGAGGCAGAGAAGAGGAAGAGGAGUCGAGCGGCCGAGAAGCUGCUGUCCUCUUCUAACCCUGCAAGUCCAGGCGGAGUCAAGAGGAGACGCACCUGAGAGAAAGACACAGCGUGAGGAGGAGAGAGGGAGGGAGGUUAUUAGACAGAGAAAUAAAUGAGUGAAGAAGAAGAGAAGUUGUCACAGGAAUCAAACCUGCAAGCUUUUCACCAUGUGACCAGCCUCUGUCUGAUCGCCAUGCUGCAACAGGAAACAGGUAGAGAAGAAAACAUGAACCUCUCUGUUCAGCUCACUCCUUGGCUUCUCUGAUUGGCCGCUUUACACCUGUCAGUCGACAACUGCUGCUUCGUCCCAGUGCCAUUUCCAUCAUGUGAUCACAGUGAGAGGAAGUGACAUGUCGGGAGGCAGCAGCCUGAGUCCAGAGAGGUUUGAGGGCACAACUGAAGCUGGAGCACUGCCUGAGAUCUGAGCACAGUGCAAACACGAUGGGUUUUACUUGUAGUUUUUAUCAAUUAGUUGCAGUAGUCUCGGGUGUCACGUUCACUGAGGACCGUGGGGGCACGUCCCUGCUCACGUGUUUGUCCCCCUCCACUCUGUCUGGGUCUCCUGCAGUCUUCACUCUGCACUCACAGCCAUGCUGUACUCACUGAUCUGAGCAAAAGGAGGGCUGCUAGUAGUGGCUAAUGUUAGCUGUGUUAGUACAUACCUGGUUGUUUGAAUAAAAAUGUCAAAGUGACAAAGUUUGUGGAUGUGAAAAUGAAACUACACAUCCCAAGUUGCAUUUCAGUAAGAGCCGUCCAAUCAGUGCUCGUUUAGCUCUGCACUCCUGUAACACUGUCAGACUGGAUGGUUUCAAAAAGGAAAAUCUGUUUUCUAUUCCAAAUAACUUUCUGCCUAGUUAAAACCUGGAGCCUACAUUACCCACAAUGCAACUUGUGAGUCUGAUCAGAGAUUCAAGUGUGUUUUGAGCAUUUAGUCAGCUGAUGGGUAACAUCUGUAAUCGAUGUUUUUUAAUCUAUUGAUGUGAGGAGCUGAUUGAUAACAGGCUGUUCAGCUGUGUGUGCCAAUAAAGAUGAGCUCAGUAGAUUUACUUAGGUCAGGGGUGCCCACACUUCUUCACCGUGCAAGCUACUUUUCAAAUGACCAAGUCAAAAUGAUCGACCUACACACACACACACACACACAGGUAUGAAUGAGUGUCGUAGUUGUUAUGAACAGUCUAAAGUGCCGCUCCACGUUUCCCUUCUUCGGAAUAGUGAUGGUAGAUCAAGCAAACGCAUUUCGAAUAGAACGUUGCUUAAAAAAAAGGCCUCCCAUUCCACAUGGAAUGUUUCGGUACGUUUUCGGUUUCUUACUUGAUUCGGCCCCCCCACUCAUUUUAUACCCUUUAAUUCGAAGGCUGACAAGGUAGUCAAGUAGCAAAUGGAUGAUAGGCUCUAUAUGAAUGACUGGCACUUUGUGCUUUUCCUGGUAGGGGUCGCCACAGCAUGUUAACAUUUGGCUCGUGUUUUACAUCUAAUUUAUUUUUGAAUGGCACGUGAUCUACCAACACUACCUUUGUGAUCUACGUAUUGGGUACCCCUGACUUAGGUACUGUAAAGAAAUGCAGUUUAGAGGUUCUCAAACUUGACCAAUUGUGUUCUCUUCCACUUUGUGUUACAUUAUAAUCUACAUUAUUGUACUUCUUGCUCCACUGCACUUGUUUGACAGGUACUUCUCAGUGUAAGGUCACAUCAUCUCCACUUUGACCAGGCACAACAUUAAAAUACUGCUGUUAAAGCCUCAGUCACACAACAGGUACAUAGUGAUGUAAAUUAAUUGGCAACAUAUCUGGUCAUUUUAGUCAUUUUAAUGUCAGUGGUCCCAGUUUCUCAGAUGUGGCAGUUCUGUCAGUGCGAAGUGAACCUUUGACAGUUUACAGUGAACAAAGUAACUAAUAAUGAAUAAUGUUAUAAUCAGCAGCCUAAUGAAAACGAUUGGUAGAUGUAGCCAUAAAUAAGUGAUGCAAUAACACAUGUCACCAGUCUGCAUAGUGAAUACUUCUGUUACUAUAAACUAUGAAUACUUUGGUGCUUUGUGUAAAAGGAUUUUUACUUCAGUUCCUGCUUUGAAUACAUCUUAGGUCACUAACAACAGAAGAGGUCACAGGAAGGUUUUGUACCAAACAGCGGUUCACUUCAGCCUGAGCCCGCAGGGCGGAGAGCAGCAGAUGAUCUGGUGAAGGAAUAAAAACACACUGCAAAGGC